AUUUAAAAGAGACAAAGCAUUAAAAAAAGGCUCAUUUAAUUAUUUUUAAAGGACAGCAAAAAAAUCCAUAAAAACUUUGAAACAUCAGAAAGAACAAUUCGCUUCCUGUUUCCAUCCAAGUGUAGGACUUUAUUUUGCUGUGAAAAUGAUUCCACAGUGACAGGAGUGAAAAGAAAAACAAAAUGGGACCUGUGUUGCAUGACAUACCUAAUGUCGGUUUUCUGGAAUUCUUUAAUGUCCGAUAAAUGUCAAAAAUAAUGAUCACAAAAAAGAAACAGGAGGCCAGCAGACACAAAUGAUGCUGAGGGAACAGCAGGCCGGGGUAUAAUUAGGUAUUAUGAGGUGGUUUUAAUUGGCAGAGGGAGGCAGAAAGGCUAAUCCAGCAUGCAUGUGCUCACAUUCUGUAAAUUCAGCAGGGACGGUUUCAUGGUUCCCGAGCUGCUCUUCUGCUAUUCUCCCUGCUGAGACUCAUUAAUCAGGACUGAGCUGCUCGCUAAGCUGCUACCUGCAUGCACUAACCUGACCCAGCAGGAGGCGCCUCACGGUCCUCCUCAGCUCUACCUGUCCAGUCGCCCCACCUGUCCAACCUGCUCCAGUCCUGAGUCACGCCCCCGUCGCCACUCCCCGGCUCUGACUCCGCCUGCUGCAGCAACAGCAGCCUGGAUACAUGUCCUGUUCAAACAAGCCAGCUCUCUCCUCACUCAGGCAGGGCACUGAGCGCUGGCGACUGGCAUUCAUGAGUUUCUGCAGCCCUGAGGCGUGAGGACUUGUAGCUUUUAGCGUCUUCUUAGAGCCUGAGCUCAGACUGGCAACGCUGAAUGGACAGAACAUGGGGUCAGAUGAAGCAUACAACUUUGUCUUUAAGGUGGUUCUAAUAGGGGAAUCUGGUGUAGGAAAGAGCAAUCUGUUGUCCCGCUUCACCAAAAACGAGUUCAACCAUGACAGCCGUACAACCAUCGGAGUGGAGUUCAGCACACGGACAGUGCAGCUCAGUGGCUUCACCAUCAAGGCCCAGAUCUGGGACACGGCCGGCCUGGAGCGAUACCGGGCCAUAACUUCUGCGUACUACAGAGGUGCUGUUGGAGCCUUGCUGGUGUACGACAUCACCAAACACCUCACCUAUGAGAGUGUGGAGCGCUGGCUGAAGGAGCUGUACGACCACGCCGACCCUGACAUCGUGGUAAUGCUGGUGGGCAACAAGACUGACCUGGAGUCAGAGAGAUCUGUGCCCACCGAGGAGGCCAAAGACUUUGCAAAAAAGAAAGACAUUUUGUUCCUGGAGACCUCAGCCUUGGAAUCGACUAAUGUGGAAGCAGCUUUCACUAAUGUCUUAGCAGAGAUUCACAAAAAGGUGAGGAGUAAGGCAGUAGUUCGAGGCUCCAUCAGCGCAGUGUCCCUGAACAGCCACAGAGCAGAAAACGCAGAGGAGAAGAAACCCUGCUGCAGGAACAUCUGAUCACACCGGCCCUCGGGAGACUCUCAGGGUGGGUGCCUCCUCCUUCACCCCCAACCCUGAGCUACAGUUUUAUGUGAGGCAUCUAUCAUAGCAACUUCCAGUACCAGUAGAAACUGGUACUGGUUUAAGUGACUUUGACUGAUUUGUUGGCACGAUACAUUCAAGAGAUGAAGCCAACAUCAGAGUUCCUGCUCGCUCCUGAGAAAAGGUCAACGGUGCAACUGUGUUACUUGUAAGACUAUUUUUAAUCCAUGUAGAAAAUUGGAGACACUUCAACACAUGCGAUGUUUAAAAUAUGCAUGGUUGUUUCGAUGCUUCUUCUUAAAAUCAGCCGCUAGUUGUUGGAUCUUUGACAUGGACUAACUGUGAGUGUUGCUAUCACUGCUGAGCAUGGAAUCCAGCUGAUGACCCACGAUGAGACUGAUUGCAUUUCUGUUGAGAAAUAAAUGAUUUAUGGAGACAAGCCAAUGAUUUAUAGAGACAAGCCACCGUCUGUAUAUUAUUUGUGUCUUUUAAAAUACAGGAAUAUCACAGCUGGCAUUUUGACAUAGGAAAAAAAACAGAUGUAAAAAGAUAAAAAUGAGUGAUUAUCUGCUUUGUGUGUACUUGGACGUCUGAAUAAAACAGAGCCAGUGUUGAA